AUGCUCAAGCGCUGCGGCCGACGCCUGCUGCUGGCGCUGGCGGGCGCGCUGCUCGCCUGCCUGCUGGUGCUCACCGCAGACCCGCCGCCGCCCCCGCUGCCUGAGCGCGGCCGGCGCGCGCUGCGCAGCCUGGCCGGCCCCGCGGGGGCGGCCCCAGUGCCCGGGCUGGGGGCGGCGGCGGCGCCCGGGGCGCUGGCCCGCGAGGUGCACAGCCUGUCCCAGUACUUCAGCCUGCUGACCCGCGCGCGCAGAGACGCGGCCCCGCCGUCCAGGGCCGCCUCCCGCCCCGCCGAUGGCCACCCGCGGCCUCCGGCCGAGCCGCUCGCGCCCCGCGACGUCUUCAUCGCGGUCAAGACUACCAAAAAGUUUCACCGCGCGCGCCUAGAUUUGUUGCUGGAGACCUGGAUCUCGCGCCACAAGGAGAUGACGUUCAUCUUCACGGAUGGGGAGGAUGAAGCCCUGGCCAGGCACACGGGCAACGUGGUCAACACGAACUGCUCGGCUGCCCACAGCCGCCAGGCCUUGUCCUGCAAGAUGGCCGUGGAAUACGACCACUUCAUCGAGUCAGGGAGGAAGUGGUUCUGCCACGUGGACGACGACAAUUAUGUCAACCUGCGGGCUCUGCUGCGGCUGCUGGCCAGCUACCCGCACACCCAGGAUGUCUACAUCGGCAAACCCAGCCUGGACCGGCCCAUCCAGGCCACUGAGCGGGUCAGCGAGAACAAGGUGCGUCCUGUCAACUUCUGGUUUGCCACGGGUGGGGCUGGCUUCUGCAUCAGCCGUGGGCUGGCCCUGAAGAUGAGCCCGUGGGCCAGCGGGGGCCACUUCAUGAGCACUGCCGAGCGGAUCCGGCUCCCCGACGACUGCACCAUCGGCUACAUUGUGGAGGCCCUGCUGGGCGUGCCGCUCAUCCGCAGCGGCCUCUUCCACUCCCACCUGGAGAACCUCCAGCAGGUGCCUGCCUCCAAGCUCCAUGAGCAGGUGACCCUGAGCUAUGGCAUGUUUGAAAACAAGCGGAACGCUGUCCACAUGAAGGGUCCAUUCUCGGUGGAGGCUGACCCAUCCAGGUUCCGCUCCAUCCACUGCCAUCUGUACCCGGACACACCCUGGUGUCCCCGCACUGCCAUCUUCUAGCAGCCAUAGCUGAGACCCCAUCCCUGGGUGCCCCUGGUAUCCAAAGGGCCCAGGGACCCUGUCGUACCGCCCUUGCCUCGGCAUUCGAGGCUCUCCCAGGGCUGUGACUGCACACACGUGUAUGUGUAUUGUGUGCCCGCCUGUGUAGCAGACUGCUGGUCAGUUCUGCUCUGCAGGGGCCAGCAGAAGUGCCACUUGUCUGUGUCCCUGUGCUCUGAGGCUUCAUGGGCUUCAGAAGGAUUUGGAUGUUGGAAGUCACUCUGAGGGCAGUUCUGUUAAUAUUUUUGGAUCUUUUUGCAGCCCGGAGUGCUGGGCUACCCUGCAGGGACACGUAGGUGCCUUUCUCUCCCUGCUGGUCACCGGCUGUGCGCUGCAGUGCCUGUGCCGGAGAUCCUGGCCCCUGCCUGGAGCCCCCAGCACAGCUGCGCCUUGCUCAGUGCAGAGGAGGCUGGUUUUGGGGGUACCUGGUCCCAGCCCCCGCCCCGGUAAGCUCUGGCCUGGGCACGGUGGCUCAGGAACAGUAGACACUGCUCAGUCCCUGGUUCCCGGGGCUGCCCCAUGAAGCCCCUGGUGGCCGUCAGCUGGGUGACCAGUGGCUCCCCUCCCAGCCUUCCUGGCGGGGGAGGGGGGGUCUUCUCUUUGUCUCCCCAGCAUUGGGUGAGUCAGAGCCGAGCAUUUUAUCUCCUCUCCAAAGUAGAGAGAACGUCGCCCACAGUGGGCGUGUCUGUAAAUAUUGUGACAGUAUUUUUUUUACUGUGCCUUUUUUUUUUUGAAAGGGGGUG